CUCUUCUUGUCUUUUUUUCUUUUCUUCUUUUCUCCUAUUCAUCUUUACUUUACUUAACUUUACUUACAUCAUGGCUGUCACAAAGGUUCACGCUCGCCAGAUUUUCGAUUCCCGUGGUAACCCCACCGUUGAGGUCGAGUUGACCACCGGCAAGGGUGUCUUCCGCGCCGCCGUUCCCUCUGGUGCCUCUACUGGCAUCCACGAGGCUCUCGAGCUCCGUGACAAUGUCAAGGCUGAGUACAUGGGCAAGGGUGUCCUCCAGGCUGUUGAGAACGUCAACAAGAUCAUCGCCCCCGCUCUGAUUGAGGCCAACAUCGAUGUCGUUGACCAAAAGGCCAUCGAUGACUUCCUUUUGGAGCUCGACGGUACCAAGAACAAGAGCAAGUUGGGAGCCAACGCCAUCUUGGGUGUAUCUCUUGCUGCUGCCAAGGCUGGUGCCGGAGAGAAGAACGUUCCUCUGUACGUCCACCUUGCCGACCUUGCUGGCUCCAAGAAGCCCUUUGUCUUGCCCGUCCCUGCCUUUAACGUUAUCAACGGUGGUUCCCAUGCCGGUAACAAACUGGCCAUGCAGGAGUUCAUGAUCUUGCCCACCGGUGCCAAGUCUUUCUCCGAGGCCAUGAAGAUCGGUUCCGAGGUCUACCACCAUCUCAAGAAUGUCAUCAAGGCCAAGUACGGCCAGGAUGCCACCAACGUCGGUGAUGAGGGUGGAUUUGCUCCCAACAUCCAGGACAACCAGGAAGGUCUCGAUCUUUUGGUUGCUGCUAUCGAGAAGGCUGGUUACACCGGCAAGGUCAAGAUUGGCAUGGACUGUGCUGCCUCUGAGUUCUACAAGGAGGGCAAGUACGACCUUGACUUCAAGAACCCCAACUCUGACCCUGCUGCCUACCUCACCGGCCACGAGUUGACUGACUUGUACAAGUCCUUUGCCGAGAAGUACCCCAUCGUUUCCAUUGAGGAUGCUUUCGACCAGGAUGACUGGGAGAACUGGUCCCACUUGGAGGCUUCAUCCGACUACCAGUUGGUUGGCGAUGACUUGACUGUCACCAACCCUGAGCGCAUCAAGACCGCUGUCGAGAAGAAGGCCUGCAACGCUCUCUUGUUGAAGGUCAACCAGAUCGGUACUCUUACCGAGUCCAUCCAGGCUGCCAAGGACUCCCAGGCCGCUGGCUGGGGUGUCAUGGUCUCCCAUCGUUCGGGUGAGACUGAGGAUACCUUCAUUGCUGAUCUCGUCGUCGGUCUCCGCACCGGUCAGAUCAAGACUGGUGCUCCUUGCCGUUCCGAGCGUUUGGCCAAGUACAACCAGCUUCUUCGCAUCGAGGAAGAGUUGGGUGACUCUGCCAUCUACGCUGGUGAGAACUUCCGCAAGGCUCACGACUUGUAAAUAAAAUAAAUAUCUUCUUCUUUUUGUUUGUUGCUUUAUAUUUCUUUCUUUCUUUCUUUCUUUCUUUCUUUUCUAUCUCUUUCACCCACAACCAACACAAACACAAACACAAACUUUUAUUUUCUUUAAAAAACAACAACAACAACAACAACAAUAAUAAUAAUAAUAAUAAUAUUAAUGAUUUCAUUUUUCUGUCUAUUCUCUUUUCUUUAUAUCUUGUUCAUUUCACUCUCUCUCUUUUUUAUUUGCAUAAUUGACUUGAAUAUGUGUUUCAAUUUUUAUUAUUUUUUAUUAUUUUAAAAAAAAAAUGGUUUCAUUUUUUUUUGUUUUUAUAUUUAUUUAUUUAUUUUUCUUAAUAAAAUUAAAUAUUUAUAAAAUACUUCUUCUU